AUGAAGUUCUACGGCUCCCUCUUCGCUCUUGCUAUGCUUUCGGGCGCAUCGGCCUUUGUUUCUCAAUCUCCAAUGGCUGGAACCACGGCCCUCAAGUCUUCGUACUUGGACGGUAUGGGACCUGGACAGCAAACCGGAACCGCAGGACCUGGUCCUCAGGUAAGUGCUCCUCUCUCGAGAGAUGGAGGCUCCCAGUUCUACCCUUCCAAGUCUACCAAUGGCCCCAGCAAAGGAGCCGAAGGUGUUGGAAGCCCUGAUAUGCGCCUUACCCGAGGAAUCUGGGACAAGUUGACCCCCGUCACUGUCCAAGGAGGAUCCCUUCGAACCUGGUCUGGAACCAGCUCGUCUGUCGAGCGUGUCCAGGUUUUCUUGAAGACCGAUGGACGUCCCCUGAACGCCGAUGUCGAUCUCUGGCAGGGACCUGACAACACUCCUCAGAAGAUGAAGAUCUACAUUGAGGAUGGAGCCAUGCGCCCCCUGAGUGCUGUCAUCGCCACCCCCCGAGGACCCAACGCAAUUGCCAUCCGCAACACGGGACACUUGGAAUUCCCAUUGGCCGCAUGUGUGUUGGCUGAUGCAGAGAACACUGUGGGAGAUGUCAUUGAAGAUAUUACCGACAUGAAGACCAUUCAAGGAGGAGCCAUCCACACUUAUCCUUUCGCCCCUGCUGUUGCCAGUGUCUCUGUCCUUUUGCGAACGGAUGGACGCCCACUCAACGCCAGAAUCGAGCUCUUGCAAGGUCCCAACAAUAACAAGCAAGUUAUUGAGGUAUACACAGAAGAUGGUCGGGAACGUCCUUUCUUCGCCGUUAUCGAGACCCCAGGAACCGGAAACGUCGUGCGUAUUGUAAACACAGCCACAGUUGAAUUCCCAAUGACUGCCGCUGUCGAACCAUACCUCGUUGAGAAGAUUGAGGCUGGCACCAUGCAAGACGGAGGAGAUGGUUUCUUCAUUGUUGACCGUCAGUGGUAA